AUGACGAACCUCUCCCCAAAGGGCUGUCUGUGGUCAUCCAGCCCUCCAGCCGAGUUUAUUGCGACCGCCGGUCACUCUUACCCUGCCCUGUCUGACCUUACGCCUCUGACAAGAUCGAUGUUGAGUACGCCCUCGGACAAUGAGGAAGGGCCAACCAGCAGCAGCCUAGAUAUACACUACGGCGAAUGCUACUACAUCAAAGACAAUAAUAGCGGCAAGUCACUCGGCUCAGACGGCGGCGUAUACAGUUACUACAAGUUCGGAAGCGGGCGACGAACCUUCCAAGUGUGGGACACACGGUCAUUCCCAAUUCACGCAGAUGUAGAGUGGAAUUACACGGUCCGCGAUGGCAGCAAGUUCUUCCUCUGGGAUCCGCAGGGCAGCACACAGACGAACGGGGGCAGUUGGCUAACCACCAAUCUAGGCGGCUACACCUAUCCCGGCUUCGGCGGGUACUGGUAUUAG